ACUGAUAUUGAACUCUUUUUCAUCUGAUAUUGAUAUCCCCCUGUUCCACACUACGGGCUCAGAUAUAUUGCAGUUGCCUCUGUCUUUGUACUUAUGUUUUUGUCACUUAAAUUUUGCCUGAUAUCCUUGAGUUGAUUCCUGAUUUACACAUUUUUUUAGUAUAAUACCUGAUGCUGGUAUAAUAAACAUCAUGAAUCCAGCUAUCAGCAUUUCAAAUUGUGAUCCUUUCAAUUUUAGCAUAUAAAUAUGUCAUCUGUGCUUUCUGGAAUAACAAUGCUCAAACUUGGCAAUGUCUGGUCUAGAAGAGCCUACAGAGUUGUUGGUACAGGUGCAAAAGUCGUCCAACCGGCAGGGUGAAACUGUGAUCCAGGUGAUGCGUCAUGUGGAUCCUCCGUCAUCGCCUGGUGCCGAGGACGACAAUGAAGACGGCGUCGAUGAUAGCCUGCCCAUGGACAGCAGCGGCAAGAAGAUGUACCCGCAGCGGUAUCGGACUGCCUGGGAGGAGGUACCCGCCUUCCGCGAUUGGCUGAUGCCCGUACCAGGUGACCCAUUCUCGGCGGCCUGCGCCUCGUGCGAGACAUCCAUGAAAGCUCAUCGGCAGCUGCUGGUGGAGCACUGCAAGAGCAAGAAGCAUCAGCGCCAGCUUGGUCACCGAAACCCGGACUUUACUCCGGUGCCGGCGGCACGGCGCGGCCGGAAGCGGCCGACUCCGUCUUCGGUCACCACCUCCUCACCGGCGCCCUUCCGCAGAAUGAUGAAACAGCUGCGGCCUGAGCGCGAGCCCGAACUGGAGGUCUCCUAUAGCGAUACCAGCCGUGUGACGUAUGCCAUCGGCUUGGGAGCGCAGCGCGUUGGCUUCAUCGGAUCGGGCAGCGUUGCGCGCUCCAUUGCCAAGGGCAUGCUCGACAAAGGCCUCGUAGUGCCCAACAAAGUGAUGGUGAGCGCGCCCAGCGACCGGAAUUUCGAGACCUGGAGAAAGUGGGGAUGUCGCGUUACCAAUUGCAACGACAGCGUCAUCAGCAGCAGCGAGAUCAUCUUUCUGGCGGUAAAGCCUUCUGCCCUGGAGGCACUGGUCGCCGAUUUGUCUGUGAUCCCCGAAGACAAGUCUCGGUGCUUCAUUUCACUCCUCUCGGGAGUCACCCGCGAGCGUGUAGCGUCGCUGCUGGCUGCGCGCCGACAGCUCCAGGCAGACAUGGCCGAGCUCCACGUGGUGCGCUGCCAGCCAAGUACCCCCCUCAUGAUUGGGGAGGGCUCGUGCUCGUACUCGGCUGCGCCGGACUUGCCGCACAGCUGGCUGCUAGCUGUCGAGACCAUCUUCUCCGCGCUCGGCAUGUGCUACAAGGUGGAGGAGAGUCUGAUGGAUGCGCUUGCCGGCGCCUUCAGCAGUGGCCCGGCCUUUGCGUACGCGUUCGUCGAGGCGCUGUCGGCGGGCGCCGUCAACAUGGGCGUGCCGUGGCACCUGGCGCGUCCCAUGGCGGCCCAGACGAUGCUGGGCGCCGCGCGCAUGCUGAUGGAGACGGGCUCCACGGCGGCCGAGCUGCGCGACGAGGCUUCCUCGCCGGGCGGCACCACGCCCGCUGGCCUCAUGGCGCUGGAGAAGAACGGCAUGCGCUUCGCCGUGAUGGCCGCCGUGCAGGCUGCCACUGAACGUGCGCGCGAACUAGGCAGGGAGGCGUCGGUCGCCAGCGGUGAUCCGAUUGGGUGAUGAGAGCUAGCCUUGAGCGUGGCGUAUGUUUGCCCGAUUUUAAAAUAGUUUCCGAACACCCUACCCAUUCAUUUUUUUCUCGAUUGCUAUUGAGUCAUAACUGGUAUUCUCACAAUUUCCGGUCCGUAUUGUGUGAAUCCAUUUGAAGUCAGAGGAAUGAUACGACAACCCAGUGCGUGGUUCGACCCUGUGUUCACUAUUCAAUGUGUAUUCCAGUAAGCCCAAGGUGACGUUCGACAUAACCGUGUUAGUUUGUGUGGCAGAUGAACGAUGCCGUUUUGCAGGCACAUAGUGCAAACGCGAUUUGUGUUUCGCAACCACCGUUGAUGAAUGAAACAGGCCUCUUGAAGUAUGUAAUGUUGGAAUGGAAGUCAUGAUUUAACGCCCUUCCAUGCCAAUUGUUGUCUGGAAACUCGUGUUCGGGAAAAAUCAGUUCAUGUGGUAUUGCUUGCCAUUUGCUUUGAUGCAGGGUUUCCACGUCGCUAAUCUAUGUUCUGCUUCUCCGACUGCGUCAACGUAACGAUAGUGAUUGUAGUUUCGCUGGCCUCCUAAGUAUCAUUCCUAGCAUAGACAGCGCGUUGUACAUAAUCAUCAUCACUGCAUGUCGUCUGUGCAUUCUAGGCCCAUAGUAGCGGUGUCAAUAAAAGUUUCGUUCUUUCCAGUG